CGGCAAGCAAUUAUGCGACAAUUAAUUACAUAUCUCCUCUUGCUGGUAAUAUUCGUUGGCUAUAUUGAGAUGGAAGAAGAGAUAAUUUAUGUUCAAGCAAUUUGGAGACAUGGCGAUCGAGCACCUAAUAAUCUACCUUAUCCCAUUGACCGGUACACUGAAACUUCAUGGCCCAGAGGAUGGGGUCAACUGACUAAUAAUGGCAUUAUGCAAAUGUACCAACUUGGAGAAUACUUCCGAAAACGAUACGCUUCAUUUAUUAAAAAAUUUAAUGCUACAGAGAUACAAAUGGUGUCUUCAAAAUCAAAUCGAGCGAUUACUAGUGCAUUAGCAGUGCUCCGAGGAUUUUUUCCGGCUAGCAACCAAGAAAUAUGGUUGCAAGAUGAAUUGUGGCAACCACUACCAUUUGCAAUUGAUCCCAACGAUGCUAUGCUAAAACCAACCGAUUUCAAUUGUCCAAAAUAUGACAUCAGAAGAAAUAUUGAGAAUGACAAACUUAAAAGGAGUAUAAAGCGAAAAUAUGAAAAAUUCUUUGCUUUUCUUGCAAACAUGACUGGUCAGAAGAACAUGGACUUCAAAAAAGCUGCUUCACUACACGAUAUUCAAAGAGAAAUUUAUCAUAAUUUAACGCAACCAACUUGGGUUUAUCAUACUUGGCCUGAAUUUAAUAAUCAAAGAACAAUUGAUAUAAUUAAUGAAUUGAAGAGAAUUUAUCGAAUUUUUGAAUUUAAUUCACCAAUAAAGGCACAAAUGCGCGGUGGAUUACUGAUGGGUGAUUGGAUUAACACAGCCUUGAAAGUAUCUUCUGGUUUUUCCGUCACCCCAACAAAAAUUAAACUUUACUCAUCACACGAUGGUACUGUGCUGGCUUUAAUGUAUGCUUUUGGUAUUGGUAAUGACUUGCUGGUUCCAUAUGCAUCAUGCCUUUUUAUGGAAAUAUACCAAACAGACGACAAUCAAAAAAUAUUAAAAAUGUUUUACAAAAAUGGAACAACAGAAUAUCAAAUGGCAUUACCGGGUUGUCCAUCUCAUGAUAACUGUACGAUAAAAGAUUUAGAAAAAGCAAUUAUCAAACGAAAGGUCAUCAAUGUGGAACACUUGAAAAUGGUUCGUAUAUCUUCAAGUAUAAAUAAUGAUAAUUUAUAA